GGCGGAGGAAUUCUAGCUGGCGUGGCUCGGCGCGACCGCCGCCUCCACCUUCCUUCCUUCCCUCCACCCGGAGUCCAUUCAGAGACCUCCCUGGAUGGGACGGUCCGCACACAUCAUCGGUCUGCUCGGUGCCCGGUUCUGCGCGAUAUUUUGUGACUGCCUGUCUGUGCGGUGCUCGGUACUUUAGCCUGUGCUUCUCGGCUCCCUAGGCCCAUCGAGGAAUAGGGAGGUCGACAUGACCCGGUUGGGAUUGCGAUUCGUCGCAUCCGCAGUUUGCCUGGCCGGGAUUGUUACUGGGCAAUUAAAUCACACAUCAUGGGCGAAUCCACCACCGGUCGUGCCGCUGGAACGAGGUGAUAUCGGGAGGCCUACAAACAGUAGCGAUGACGAUUAUGGCGGUCCGGGAUGGAAUUAUUUAGACAGAGGGUUUAUCACGGACAACGAAGGAUACGAGGAUGCGGAAAGGCGGAACAGCAGUUAUUAUAGUAGAACAGGUUAUAGCCCUGAUGAAAGGACGCGGCAGUGGAACCUCUACAGAAACAGGAGCGAUCCUCACGGUCAAUUUUCCUCGGGCCGAUCUCCCUAUGAUCGAGCACCGCAGGGCUACGACAGGUAUCCUGACAGUGGCGGCGCAUCAGGUUCCGGAACUGACGAAAAUCGACCAGGCGGUUAUCCCGAUGGUCACGGAGAUUACGAUACGUACAGCGGUGCCGGUGAAAGUGAACGAGGAGGAAGUUCUUAUAAUUACGGUCAAGGAGGUUCUGGCGAUUCGUACGGCAGUUACGGAGGAAGUCGUGGCGCGGAUUCCUAUGAUCGUGGAAGCGGAAGCGUUUACAGUCGCGGUCGUGGUAGUGGUGGACCCGUUUACAGCGGUGGCCGAGGAAGCGAUGACGGUCGUGGGCGCGGUUAUGGCGGUCACGGUGCUCCCGGAGAUGACGAAAAUUAUCCGAGCAAUUACCUAGUGGUACCGAUGCCAGGAGCACCGCGAAACUGCACCGGGUCAGGUUGCUGCGUGCCCAAAUGUUUCGCCGAAAAAGGAUCGCGGGGACCACCAGGAUUAAUUGGACCACAAGGACCUAAGGGACAACGAGGAUUUCCAGGAGCAGAAGGACUUCUAGGACCUAAAGGUGAGAAGGGAGAUCCUGGUCCGCAAGGUCCACAUGGUGCAAAAGGUGACAGAGGAAAAAUGGGUAUGCCUGGUUUCCCUGGAAUAAACGGUAUUCCUGGAGUACAAGGAUCUCCGGGUUCUCCAGGCUUGCCUGGUCGUGAUGGUUGCAACGGAACGGAUGGAGAACGUGGGCGUGAUGGUUUACCAGGAGAACCAGGACCUCGUGGUAUACGAGGUCCGUCGGGACCUAAAGGAGAAAAGGGUCAGCCAGCAUAUGCUGGCUCUUUCCCAGUUGGUCAGAAGGGUGAACCUGGUAUGGACGGUGUAAGAGGGCCGCCCGGUCCCCCCGGUUUUCAAGGAGAGCGCGGUUUACCUGGUCCAAAGGGUGAACGAGGUCCCUACGGUUCUCCUGGCAUACCGGGUCAGAAAGGAGAAAAAGGAAAUAUGGGUCUUGGAUUUGAAGGAUUAAAGGGAGACAAAGGUCAGAAGGGUGAAGCAGGACCUCCCGGUUCAACCGCGCCCAUCAUGCCGUUCCAGGGUACUUCGGAAGUGACAGGUCCGCCCGGAGAACAGGGUUACAGAGGAGAUAAAGGUGAAAUGGGACCGGAAGGACAAAAAGGAGAACCAGGAUUCAUAGGUGACCAUGGUAUACCUGGAGGAAUAGGUAUGAAAGGAGAAAAGGGUCUACCAGGAGCACCGGGCAUUCGUGGUAGAGAUGGUUUCUCUGGACCUCCUGGACCUCCCGGACGAAAGGGUGAUCGAGGUAUUGACGGAUUAGAAGGACUUUCUGGACGACCCGGCAAAAAAGGAGAACCCGGUCGAGAUGGACCAAUGGGUGUUCCGGGUUUGCGAGGACCUCCUGGUCCACCAGGGGGUGGUAAAGGAAGACCGGGACCACCAGGUCCGCAAGGACCACGUGGUUUUCCAGGACCUACCGGACCGCGAGGAUCAGAUGGUUUUCCAGGAGACCCAGGACCAAGAGGACCCAUAGGUUUACAAGGAGGUCCUGGAUUGCCUGGAAUUCCAGGUCCAGAAGGUUUGCCAGGAGAAAAAGGUAGCAAGGGUGAACCUGGUUUGACCGGGUUCCCUGGAGGUCCAGGGCCACGUGGAUUUGAUGGACCACCAGGAGCGGUGGGACCACGAGGACUGCCAGGAGACAAAGGAUUUUCAAUAAUGGGACCGAAAGGAAUGGAUGGGACGCCUGGUCUGGAUGGGGAGAAGGGACAGAAGGGCGAACGGGGUUACGCGGGUGUUCGAGGUCGACCGGGAGACUCUCUAGAUGGUAUUCCAGGAGCACCAGGUGCACCCGGCGCGCCUGGAGAAGCUGGAGCACCAGGACGAGAUGGCGUACCUGGUCUUCCUGGAGAGAUGGGAGAGAAAGGAGAUAUUGGCGGUCGUUGUAUAGAUUGUUUACCGGGAUUGCGAGGCGCUAAAGGAGAUCGUGGUAUGGAUGGUAUACCCGGACUUACUGGUCCUCGAGGACCACCCGGAGAACGCGGUUUUCCCGGCGAAUCUGGAUUGGAUGGCUUGCCAGGCGCAAUCGGACCUCCAGGACUGGCGGGAAAAGAUGGUAUACCCGGUGCUCCAGGACCUCAAGGAGAACCUGGCACGCCGGCAACAGUAACAAGGAACAUGCUCAAACUGGAAAAAGGUGAAAAAGGAGCACGAGGAGAGCCUGGCCGACAAGGUCCGCCGGGACCAGAAGGACCUGCGGGAGAAAAGGGUAGACCUGGGUUCGAAGGUUUCCCAGGACUUAAAGGAACGCCAGGAGAUCGUGGUUUCCCUGGACAGGAUGGUGUACCAGGAAGACCGGGUACACCUGGACGCAAGGGAGAGAAAGGAUUAAGUAUAAAAGGUGAACCAGGAGAACCAGGGCGACCAGGAUUUUCAGGGCAGAAAGGAGAACCUGGUUUCUACGGGCUUAAGGGUGAACCUGGUCAAUGCCCGCCACUUGACCUUAUGAAAGGCUUCAAAGGUGAUCGAGGUUUAACUGGCGACAAAGGAGAACCAGGACCACCUGGUUUCGAUGGAUUACCCGGUGAUAAAGGAUUGCAAGGUUUCUCGGGUCCACCUGGCGCACCUGGUCCAAUCGGUGCUCCUGGACCUGUAGGUCCAAGAGGUUUACCUGGCCCGCGUGGUGAUAAGGGCAACAUGGGUCCUAUGGGUUUCCCAGGAGAACCUGGUCGAGAAGGACCUAGAGGUUUCUCGGGUGCUCCGGCUCCAAAGGGUGAAAAGGGAGAACCAGGAAUAUCAGUUAAAGGCAGUCCUGGCCUCCAGGGUCCUCCAGGUGAAAGGGGAGAGAAAGGUCUUCCUGGACCACCAGGAAAAGAAGGUUUACCCGGUUAUCAGGGAUUACCAGGGUUUGUUGGUGAGAAGGGAGACAUCGGCGCACCGGGAAUAAAUGGUUUACCAGGAGCACCUGGUGGGAAAGGAGAUACAGGUCCGAUUGGUCCACCUGGUCCUCCAGGUGUUGCUGGUAUUCCAGGAGCGGAUGGAAUCAAAGGUGAACCAGGAUUACCAGGAGAACCAGGUAGAGCAGGUCUCCCAGGAUUCCCAGGAGCAAAAGGUGAUCGCGGUGAACCGGGUAUAGAUGGACCAAAAGGAUAUCCUGGCAGACGAGGAUCGCCUGGUCCUCCAGGAAGACCUGGAGUUGAUGGUAUAUCAGGUUUAAAGGGUGAACGGGGUGACAAAGGUUCACCAGGAUUCCCCGGAUUACCGGGUAUGGAAGGAAAGCCCGGUCGUCCUGGUGUAUCCGGAUUGAAAGGAGAUCAAGGACCAUCUGGUACGCCUGGUUUGCCAGGGCUCAUCGGUUAUGAAGGAGUUAAGGGUAAUACUGGUCCACCAGGUCCACCGGGAAGGAAAGGAGAACCGGGAGAAGUUUCGGAAAAAGGACAGAAAGGUGAACCAGGAAUGCCCGGAAUUCGAGGUCCUCCAGGUUAUCCGGGACGAGACGGUAUUGAUGGAACGAAAGGUGAAGCUGGAACACCAGGUUUUGGUCGUGACGGAUUACCUGGAGAAAAGGGUGAAUCGGGUAUACCGGGUCGAAGUGGAAUACCAGGACCCCAAGGUCAAAAAGGUGAUACUGGUGUACGAGGAUUCCCUGGAAUAAAAGGCGACUUCGGUCCACCGGGUAUACCCGGCGAACCUGGUCCGCCUGGUAUAGAUGGACUUCCUGGAGAAGUGGGCGACGUCGGACCAGUGGGAUCACCUGGCUUCCCUGGGCUUGAUGGUGAAAUUGGUCCUCCUGGACGGCCUGGACUAGCUGGUAAUAAAGGAGAUCGCGGUCCUUCAGGACUAGCCGGAUUUCCUGGUCCUCCAGGUUAUAUUGGAGAAAAGGGAGAUCGUGGACCUCCAGGACCUACAGUUCAGGUUAAAGGUGAGAAAGGUGAACCAGGUAUUCAUGGACUUUCUGGCUCAAGAGGAGAGAAAGGAGAUCAAGGUCUGGCUGGUAUACCUGGUUAUGAUGGCGAAAAAGGUGACCGAGGUGUACCUGGACUUGAAGGAUCUCCUGGACCUCAUGGUGCUCCUGGACCUAAAGGUGAACUAGGACCUCCUGGUAUUCCUGGAGCUCCUGGAGUUACGGUAAAGGGCGAAAAGGGUUUGCCAGGUCUAAUGGGUAAGCACGGUAGAGACGGAUUUCCAGGACGAGCCGGUGAGAAAGGUGAACCAGGAUUGCCCGGUUUGCCUGGACCAAAGGGAGACGCUGGUCCAUAUGGACCAGUUGGACCACAAGGUGAAAAAGGUGAUCAAGGACCACCGGGUCUGACCGGAGCACCAGGACGUGACGGAACUCCAGGUCUCGAAGGUGUACCAGGAUUACCUGGUGAGAGAGGUUCGAAGGGAGAUCGAGGACCACCUGGAGAAUACGGUGCACCAGGAUUAAAGGGAGAAUCCGGUCAUCCAGGACCAAGCGGAUUGGACGGACCUCCAGGAGAAAAAGGUGACAGAGGUUGGGAUGGUGUAAAUGGUCUACCUGGACCACUCGGUGAGAAGGGUGAUAGAGGAUAUCCUGGUCCAGAAGGGUUAAUGGGUUCUGUCGGUUACGAAGGUCAAAAAGGAGAAAAGGGUGAAGACUGUCUCGAGCCGCCAAUAGGACCUAAAGGAGAUCGCGGAUAUCCUGGACCGGCCGGACCGUCUGGUCCACCGGGAGAGAAAGGACUUCCGGGUCCGCCCGGUUUCCCUGGCUUAGAUGGUAUUAAGGGCGCACAAGGUUACAUCGGUCCACCAGGACCUGUUGGACUACCGGGAUUGCCUGGACCUGUCGGAGUGCCUGGUCUACCGGGUCUACAAGGUCCUGUCGGUGCGCCAGGACCUGUCGGUGAGCCCGGUGCACCAUGCGAAACGACACCUGACUAUCUCACUGGUAUUCUUCUGGUCAAGCACAGCCAAAGUCAAAGCUUGCCGGUUUGCGAGCCAGGCCACAUUAAACUUUGGGAGGGAUACAGUUUGCUCUACACCGACGGUGACGAGAGAGCGCACUCUCAAGACUUAGGUUAUGCCGGCUCGUGUGUAAGAAAAUUCUCAACAAUACCCUUCCUGUUCUGCGACGUCAACAACGUCUGCCAUUACGCUAGUCGCAAUGAUCGUUCUUACUGGCUGUCUACCAAUAGCCCAAUUCCCAUGAUGCCCGUCGAAGAGACGGCGAUAGAAGAAUAUAUAUCCAGGUGCGUGGUGUGCGAAGUUCCGGCUAAUGUGAUAGCGAUACACAGUCAAUCGAUAAGCAUUCCAGAAUGUCCGGCGGGAUGGACCGGUCUUUGGAUCGGUUAUAGUUUUGUAAUGCACACCGGCGCAGGUGCCCAGGGCGGCGGCCAGUCCCUGUCGAGUCCCGGCUCCUGCCUGGAGGACUUCCGCGCCACACCGUUCAUCGAAUGCAACGGCGCCAAAGGACACUGCCAUUACUAUUCUAAUCAGUACAGCUUCUGGAUGGUGACCAUAGAGGAGAGCCAGCAGUUCAGGAGCCCUGAGAAACAGACCCUAAAGGCGGGCAAUCUUAGAUCCCGAAUAAGUCGCUGCCAAGUGUGUAUAAAGAAUACGUAAACGCGCGCGCCACCGUUUACACACGGAACACAUACACGCACACAACACACACAUACGUACACGUGACACGCAAUACACUUCUCUCCCCCCCCCCUCUUUUUUUACACGAGAACAGAAGCGAAACUGUCAUUACGAGUAUAAAUGAGCAACGAUUGAAACCGAUUCAAUUUCAUCGAGUUCAGAGUCUCGAUGUUUAAAGAUCCCACGCGAAAACGAUCUCCAUGUUUAUCCGAGACAAUGAAAAUGCGUUUCGAUUCGCGCGCGCGCGGGAUGCAUUUUGCGUCGCGUCUCUCUCUUUCUGCAGCACGAAAAAUUGAACUCGUCGGAAUUGCGCUGGGUUCCGUUCUCUGAUAACAAGGAAGAAAGGAGCGGUAACGUCUCGCGAACGGAAGUUCAGACGACAUCGUCCGAUCCGCGUCGACGACGUCGAGAAAUAAAGAGAACGGACGUAUCCCACUCUCCUGUGAUUCCCUCUGCCUCAAACGUGUUCCGUAGCCACGUCUUGUCUUCAUUAUUUCCUGCCUCCUCGCUCCCCACGCUGCCAGGGCAUUCCGCGUCCCGGAUAGUUUCUUUCUCCGAGAACCGCCCUUCUCAUUCGUUAUCCGCUCUUUUAUCUUUGCGCUUCCUCUCUUUCGCCAUAUGUGUUUUCUUUUUAUAUAUAUAUAUAUGUAUAACUAUUCAAGCAAGUGCCUUUAUAGCGUACUCUAUUCUAGCAUGUAAAAUAAUAUAUAUUUAUAUCUCGUAUGAAUCUCGUAUUGAAGUCUAAGUUUAUUGUACCACCACGGACACUGCCCAUAUCCAAUAUGGCACAUUUUACAUAUUGUAUAUUAAUAUAAACGAUCUUAGCCUGGUAAUCGUGUGACGCCAAAUAUUUAAAUAAAUAGGUAUUUUGCUACGUAGCUAAUAAAAUUCUAUUUUCAAACUUCA